AUGAAGUUCAGUACCAUUCUUGCCUUGGCAGGUGCCGCACUGGCUGCUCCAGGAGGAGUUAGCACCUCGACUGUAUCUGUGACGACAACUUCCACUGUUACAACCGGCUCAGUCAGCACAGUGUUCACAUUUUUACGGGGUAACCCUCCAUCAUCGAGUUCUUCAGCUGUGGCUGUAAAUGAGGAAAGAGCGACCUCCUCUUCUAUUCCCACUGUCGUAACAGUAACCAGCACCGUCACCGAACUCACUACUGCCCAAACACCUACAACUACCAAAACUUUCUAUCCAUGCGCCACACCUUUCCCAUCGCUUAUACCUACCCUGCCAUACGGUGACUCUUCGCUUCCGGAUAACUUCGCCACUGAAAACUCGAUUUUCAACGUCGCAAGCACACCCCAGGGUGCUUCGGCCGAGGCCUGCUGUAACGCCUGCUUCUUCGAGGUGCCUAACUGCGUGCAGGCAUACUGGUACAGCUACGAAGGAUGUGUGGUAUCACAGGUCACCAAUGGAUCUAUCGCAGGUGCUGCAUCUGGGCAGCAGGUAAGCCAUGUUUGUCCGGCGGGGACUUUCAAUGGCUUGUCGUACGCGAAUGAUACAAAUCCUGCUUCUCGGAGUACGGGAAACAUUGCUGGACCUUGUGCUCAGACUUAUAAUAAUCUAUGA